UACCUCUUGAUUAUGUUAAACGUCUUCUUGGGGGGAAGAUGAUAUAUUUGGGUGUUUUAGAAAGGGAAGGCUAUUUUUGUUUAUUUUUUUUUCCUUUCCCCCAGGAGACCUCUGUUGUUGUUUUUAUUUUUUGUUAGCAGACUUGCUUUAUUUGGGGGAAAAAAGCAAAUAACAACAUAUUUCUUUCAUAACUGUAAUUUAGAAAACUUGACAGACCCUUGCCAUUGGGCAACGAGGUUAAUAAUUGACAAAGACGUACAGCGGGCCUUCAUGAAUGAUUCCACGCCGUAACACUGACAGCUGGUGUAACUUACUCAGCUCCUCGCAAGCAGUUCUGCAAAGAGGAAUGGAAUCACUCCAAAUCUGGCAACCUAGGAACCACAGAGACUUCAGCUGCCCCAUCUGUCUCCAGACAGCUACUCUCCCGGUAGAAACCAACUGUGGACAUUUAUUCUGUGGCUCCUGUCUAAUCACGUAUUGGAAACACAGCCCCUGGUUAGGAGCAAUAACCUGCCCUCUCUGCAGACAAAAGGUGGUUCUUCUGGAUAGCAUCUCUUGUGAAAAGCAACAGGAUAAGCCAAGUAAACAAGUUGUACAUGACAUUAGAGCUUACAACAAGCGUUUCUCAGGGCAAACUCGACCUUUUGCAGAUUACCUUUACGACAUGCCGUUAUUCCUGACUCUUGCCUGGCGAGGAAUCUUUACCUGGAGUGGUCUCGUAUGGAUUUUUUUCAUAAGAGUUGUUGUUUGCUCCUUCGGAACAAUCAUAUGCUUAUCGUCUCCUUUUGACACGAUGCCUGGGCCUCUCUGUAGAACACUUGGAACAGCUGAUGACAUGGUAGUUGUUUCCCUUCUUUUAAUUUGUAUGAUAAACAUUUGUCAGCAAAUUGCAUCAAACGGGGUAAAUAUGGCAAGGUCUGCAGCUCAGAGCAUGCUGGCAGAAUCCUGAGUGACUCAAACAUUGAUUCUUUGGUCAAACUCCAUCAAACAG